AUGUUCGCAUUGCUUAGUGUACCCUUGCCCGCGCUCAACUCCCUAUCCUGUUCUAGUGCUCUGUGCGAGGACGGGAGGCGGGAGAGCUCUUUCUUUGACGACCGCCACUUCCUCUUCACACACACCAUGGCGGAGGAGAGGCGGGCCAGCCUGAGGGUGACACUCGGCGAUGCUGCUUCCGCUGAAGUGGAUCUGUGUCACGUGGUGGCGGCAGCACAGUGGUUCUCAACCCAUCUGCACCGCGCCAUACCCAUCCUCAUUGUGUCGGACGAGCUGGCAGCGGCACGUGGCAGCAUGCCAUUGGGCGAGGUGCUGCAGGCCGUGCAGCGCAACGAGGUGGUGGUGAUGACAACAGAGGCAUUCUUCCAGACCUACUACGGCCACUGCAGCACGGUCACCACGCUCAUGGACUCUCUCGCCACCCAGCAUGCCUUGCGCCUCUCCUCAUCCUUCAAAUCCACGUCUGGCGGUGGCAGGCUCGGUGGCAGCAGGCUCGGAAGUGGCAGGCUCGGCAGCAGGAAGCAGCGCAAGGAGGUGUUCACACCGCACCUGUCAAUGCUGUAUGUGCUCAUUCACACCAUCCAUUUCCUAUUUAUCCUUAUGUUUUGCGAUUGCCUCUUCAGGGUGGGGGGAAGCCUUGCCCCAGCCUCCCCCCGCUGGCUGGGGGGAAGUUGCCCCUACUCCCCCUCCGCCCACGGGAUGGGGAGAAUCCCCCCCCCUUGCCCCUACUGGCUGGGGGGAGGCCCCUGCUGCCCCUCCCCCUCCCCCUACUGGCUGGGGGAGGCGUCUGCUGCUUCCCCUGCCCCUGGGUGGGGGGGUGGAGGGUGGAACGGGGAAGGGGUGAGAAAUGGAGGAGGGGAUGAUGGCAGUGGACAGGCGGGGUGGCAGGCGAAGGAGCAGGAGCAUGGGGUCUGGGACCAUGUGGAUGAGGUGGAAGGGGGUGCUGUGGGGGCGAGAGGAGGGGCGUGGUUGUGGAGGGAGGAGGAAGAGGAGGAGGAGGAAGAGGAGGAGGAAGAAGAAGAGGAGGAAGAGGAGGGUGAGGAGGAAGAGAGUGAGGAAGAGGAGAAAGAGGAGGGGGAAGAUGAAGAGGAGGAAGAGGAAGGAGAGGAGGGAGGGGAAGAGGAGGCAGAGGAGCAGCACAGGCCCAAUGUGCUAUCAGCCGCACAUGAACCAGCAGCAGGUGCAGCAGGUGCAGCAGGUGCAGCAGGUGCAGCAGGUGCAGCAGGUGCAGCAGGUGCAGCAGUGCCAGCAACAGGUGCAGCAAUGCAUAAUUUGUUUGGGUCCCGAGGCUGGGCUGGGUUGGGGAGAUUAUUGAAGCUCCAGGAUGAUGAGGCGA